UGGAAAUUCCCUUUCCAGGCAAAAGCCGUCAGGCCCAGCAUUGCACCCCAGUGCGGAGGCUGGGAAGCUGCAUCCCACAGGUAGAGGGUGCUGCGAUAUUGCAAAUUAGAGGUCUCAUUAGGGGUGCAUUUGGAGGAGUGUGUUAACAGGAAGAAAAAAGAGAACGAGAGAAGUGAAGGGAAGAGAGAAGAAAACCAGACAUGAACUGGGAAGAGAAGAUCAUAACUCUAAAGUCCAGUUCCUGCAAGUUCUCAGAAAGGAAGAUCUGCUUUUUCCACAUGCGGUGAGUUAUUGAAUCUCCAAGGGGAACUCAGGUACCUUAUCUUUUUCUGUCUCCCUGUCUGGACUGAUUCAGCCUCCAUGUAUGGUGAAAUCUUGUCACCCAAUUAUCCUCAGGUGUAUCCAAAUGAUGUGCAGAAAUCUUGGGAAAUCCAAGUCCCUUCAGGAUAUGGCAUUCGCCUUUAUUUCACCCAUAUGGAUCUUGAACCAUCACAGAACUGCGAAUAUGACUUUGUGAAGAUUAUUUCUGGUGGCCAUGUUGAAGGCGUGCUUUGUGGGCGGAAGAAACCUCAUGCCCCUGGCUCCUUGAUUGUGGAGGAAUUUCAUGUCCCUUAUAACACCCUCACUAUGAGUUUCCAAUCAGACUUUUCCAAUGAGGAGCGUUUCACUGGUUUUGCAGCCUACUAUGUUGCAGUGGACUUGGAUGAAUGCACGGAUUUUGUGGAGGAACCUUGCAGUCAUUACUGUAAUAAUUAUAUUGGAGGUUACUUCUGUACCUGUCCACCAAAUUAUUUCCUCUAUGAGGAUAAGAGAACAUGUGGAGUGAACUGCAGUGGAAAUAUCUUCACUGAGCCAUCAGGGGAGAUUGCCAGCCCAAACUAUCCCAACCAGUACCCAGAGAACUCACAUUGUGAGUACCGAGUGGUUCUGAGUCCAGGCUACUUUGUGGCAUUGUCCAUACGCAGCGGGGACUUCGAUGUGGAACCAGCUGACUCAAAAGGGAGUUGCCACGACAGCUUAACACUUGUCUCUGGAAAGCAGCAUUUUGGUCCCUAUUGUGGCAGCAAAUUCCCAGGUCCUUCAGAAGUCAAAACUAGGAGCAACAUUCUUGACAUAAUCUUCCAGACAGACCAUAAAGUACAACAUAAAGGCUGGAAAAUACGCUACUAUGGUGAUCCUGUAACCUGUCCCUCAAGUGUCAUCCUCAACUCUGUUCUUGACCCAAAGAAGGACAGGUAUGUCUUCAAGGACAAUGUGAAGGUAACAUGUAUUGAAGGCUACGAAAUUGUAAGGCAACGAGACAGCAUCAUGACUUUUCACUCCAGCUGUCAGAACGAUGGUGAAUGGAGCAACUCCCAUUUCAGCUGUGUUCCUGUGAACUGUGGUGAUCCCAUUCUUAUUGAAAAUGCCCAAGCUGUAUACGUCUCCGAACUUCAUGAGCCUCUGUACAAAGCUGCUUUCCGGUAUCAGUGUGAUGCACCUUACUAUAUCCUAAAAACUAAAGGGGAUGGGGUGUAUCGGUGCUCAGCCAGUGGAGAAUGGGUCAAUGAAGAGAUGGGAACAAAGCUACCAAAAUGUGUCCCAGUCUGUGGGGUGCCUAGUAAUCCCAUCCAAGAAAAAGCAAAGAUUUUUGGAGGCACCCUUGCAGAAAAGGGCAACUUUCCCUGGCAGGUGUAUUUUGAUUAUCCAAGAGGAGCUGGUGUACUCAUCUCUGAAAGAUGGGUCAUGACUGCAGCUCAUGUGUUGGAGGGAUAUGACAAACCCAACAUGUAUGCUGGGGUAAUCAAUGUUGGUAGAGAAUCUCUGGACCGUGAAGCCAAACAGCUGAUCCCAGAGAUUUCAUUCAUCCAUCCUGGAUGGAGGCAGCAGCCCAUAGAAACCAGGACGGAUUUUGAUAACGAUAUUGCGUUAUUGAAGCUGAGGGAUCCUGUAAAGAUGGGCCCAAACAUCUCGACCCUCUGUCUUCCUGGUAAAUCACCUGAGUAUGAGCUGCAAGAAGGGACUUUGGGCUACAUUGCCGGCUGGGGCCAGAGAGAGAGAGGAAGACUGCCUAUUUAUCUUUGGAAGGCCCAGAUUCCUGUGGUGAACAUGGAUAAGUGCCGAUCUGUGAAACCAGAGGGCUCUGCUGAUUCUAGUGCUUACCGAUUCACUGACAAUAUGAUCUGUGCUGGUGGUGGCAAGGACAGCUGUAAGGGGGAUAGUGGUGGAGCCUAUGCCAUCCAAGAUCCUCUUGAUGACAGACGGUAUUAUGUGGCCGGGCUGAUCUCCUGGGGACCAAGAUGUGGCACCUUUGGUCUUUACACCAAGGUAAUGCAUUAUUUGGACUGGAUUACAGAGACCAUGAGCAAGCAUGAGGAUGCAGAAGAAUGGCAGGAUUAGCUCUUUCUCCUUUCAGCACAGUCACCCUUUCUAAAUGUGAUGGUUACAUGUUUAGGCUGGCUAUGAUCCUAUUUACUCUGUGUAUGUAAUGGGCCUACUCAUUGUGUCUGUGCUGAGUGGAGAGUCAGAAAUGUGUAUCUGUCUCUCCCACUGUCACUGUUUUCUGAGAAGGGAAAUUCUCUUUCUUCCACUCAUAGUAGCAUCAGAGGAAGAUACUGUUCUGGACAAAGAGGCUCUUUCUGCUUCUCAUUUUUUUUCUACCCCAUUUUUUCCCACUUGGAGAAGACUUAGCCGUGCCCCCCACCUGACAGGAAGAUUUCAAUGAAGACAAGAAAGAAUAAUUGUUGGUUCUUAGGGCAGGUUCAGAGCCUGCUUUCUGAUCUAUGUUAUGUAUUUUCUGUAUUGUUCAGAAUAUCUAACAGCAUUAAAGAAUGUCCAAAGUG